AUGGCGCAAGUGGCAGACCGUCAAUAUUUUCCUCCUUUGGAGGAAUGCUUAAAUGGAGACACCAUCAUCAUCUCCUGGAAGCUCAUCGCAGCUGCACUGGCAGACAAAGAUGACGCCAGACGAAAAAGCAAAGCUGUUGUACAGUUUUUGCAAGACGACUUCGUACGAGCACUCAUAAAAGACCCGUCGACCGCCUUUGCGCCGCCGAGCGAUUCCACCAAGUCGAACUUCGAAACAAGGACCGCCGCCAUACACGUCACCCCCCAGCCGAAUGACAAAUUCGAUAUCAAAGUUAUCAAGGAGGAUGCGCAGUGGUUGAGCAAGAAUGCCAAGGUGAACCUCGUUGCUGCGCUUCGCGCGACAGUCAUUGAGUUCCAGUCGCGACCAGCAAGCCACCUCACUGGAACCCUCUCCUCCCAGGAUAUAAUCAACCUGCAGGAAGCCUCUGGCGUCGCAAACGUACAAUCGUCAUCUUUUGUGCCUAUAACUGGAGCUGCUCAGGAUGCAGAGACGAUCUGGGCCGAAUUUGAGAAAAACGAGUCAAGGCGACAACGGAUCUUCCAGACAUAUCUUGCGGAAAGGCGUCACUUUUUGAUGACUGCUGCAUUGGUACAAGAGAACGUACUCUACACACAGCUUCCAGCACCGAAUUCUGCAACCGAUGCGCCGAUGACGACAAAUCAACUGGUCGCAGCGAACGAGCGUCCCAAAUACCUCGAAAAUCUCCUCACGGCGUACUUGCUAUAUGUCACCGAGGCCAUCGGUCGACUGGCUGAGGGGCUUGAAGCAGUCGUAGAGGACAAGGGCCUCCUGGGAGAAGAGCUCGAGCUAGAAUGGAUGCGGACGGCACUUACUGAAGUUGUCCACGCCUUAUCGGUUGUCUUUCAGUCAGUUGACGGCAAUGGCGACUCUUUCGUGCCCUCCGCGGUGGUUGGUCAGUGGUUUUCCCUGAUGGAUAACUACGGAUUCCUCAACGGGAUUACGGCGCCGACUGAUGCCAUUGCCUCUCUAAUUAGGCCCCUCAGAUCGCUCAUUUCGGCGGUAUCCAUCAAGCUCCUGAAUCCUACACGAUCCAUCGAGUGUCUAGCUGAAGAAGCCCCCGAGUACCGUGGUGACGAGGAUCCCUACAUCACUGCCCCAUCAGUCCUUGAGCAAGUCCACAAUGCAAUCCUCGCCGCAGCCAAUGCCGAUUGUGAGAGCCAAAGCCCCAUCAUAUUCGCAUGGACCGUCGUCGUCCACCGCAUGUUCUAUUCGCACCACGACCGAAUCGAAAAGCGAGAUGCGCUACAAAACCAGCGAUCUCAGGAGACUUUUGAGGCCGGCGUUUUGAUUCGGCCUACCACCGCUCGCCGUCUUUCUGCGGGGAGUAUUGUUUCUCUUGACGGCAAAUCCUUUGACAUUUUCCUGACUAAUGCGGGCCUGGAUAAGGACUUGCAGGUCGUGGAGCAGCUGGCAGUAGCCGUCACUUCACAUGGACGGGCCUACGAAGUAUUAUCUGAGAUGGCGCUGGCUAUCGGCGCCUCCAGUGACGGAGCCUUUUCGGCGCUUUUGAGCUCCAGAGUACGGCUGGCGUAUGUCGACUUCCUCAAAGCCACAUACCCUCUCGUAGGGUACCAAUCAGACUCUGUCACCUCUCUGCUUUCGGUUUUAGGGGCUGGCCAGCAGUACUGGGAUCUAUCAAAGCCCUCGCUGCACCCUUCAAGCGACAUCUUGGCCGAGAUGCUUCAGGACGAUGUUGCACUCGAAUACUACUUCCACCAAGCCCUCAACCGAUACCCAUUUGAGCUGUUGCCCUUCCUCAACCUUUGCCGGACUUUGGCGAGCUGCACAGUUGCUGACGACCGGAUGGAUACGGUAGUCAACCUGUUGCGCAAAACCCCAUCGCUUACCUUCAUUCUCCCCGAUGACUACCAGCAAUAUGAGCUGGCCCAGGAGGAAGAUAAUACCAACACAUUUUACUUGCUCGAAGAAAUACCGCUUUUCACGCCUGCCACAGCAUGGAAUCGAAGAACCCGAGUCGAUGAUGCUUUCAGGAUACCCGCGGAAACAGUCGGACGCUUUGUCACAGAUACAGGCCGCGUGGUUCUUAUGGACUACGAGCAUUCUGCUCUGGCCCUGCUUGGCAAGAGGCUUGAAACCCAAUUAGCGCCCGAGACUUACCGCAGCGAACUGGAUGCUUUCCAGCCAGAGGAAACGGCAGAAACAAUUGCCCUCCUAGCAACAUUACUGCGUGCCGAGGUCCUCAAGUCCGAGAAGCAAGGCUUGAUUGGCGAAACAUCGCUCAAGUCAGGACAAGAGCUUUUGGAAGAGAUUGGCAAACACAUCUCUGGAAACAAGGAUCUCGUUGCGGUCGUAUGCGAAACCAUGGAUGCCUAUAUGCAGGAUGAGAAGGCGACGGAAGGACAGGGCAUUGCGGUGCUCAACUCAUGCGUUCAAUUCUUACAUGCGAUCCUGCCACUUUGCCCGACGAGAGUCUGGUCCUACUUGGCGCGUUGCGAACUUCUCAACUCGGAAGCUCAAGCAGGAAAACUGGCGAAGAUCACGGGCAAUCUUGACCUGGCCGGGGAUCGAUAUGAGCUCUUGCUGUCGGCUGUGCGACUUUUCGCUAGCCUCAUUGACAGUGUCAAAAGUAGCGCUGUCCAACGUAAAUCUGGCAACAAAUUGGUUGGACGGCAGAAAAUAUCAAACAACGUUUGGCUCGGCGUGGCAGACAAGGUCUUGGGCAAAGUCAGUCUCGCAAUUGCCCAAGCUGUAGUCGAUGUCUUUGAGACUUCCUCGACCUGGCGCUUCGGGUCAGAGCUUCACAAAGCCCUGCUCAUCCGGCACGUUGUCCCUGUCAUGGAUCAAAUUAUCGAACACACAUAUGGGAUGGGUGAUCAAGAGAGCUCGGACACGCUGGCGGCAUGCUUGGAGCCCGCAGCGUCCUACAUUAUCGAUGCGUUCCUGUCGCCCUCGACAGGGUCCCUGAGGUUCCAGCCGCUCCUUACAACUUUGGUGAACGGUCUCCAAAUACCCGACUCAACUCUCUACCAAGACAGACUAGCGUCAGCCCAGGAGCAGCUCACGUGUGCUUUGCGAUUUACAACAACAUUGCUGCGCGUUGCUAGCUACCUAGACCGACCAUCAGCGACCUUCGAGGAACACCUCUUCAAGACAUCGUCGAUUUUGGCAAGGUUAUGCGCGAUCUGCGAGCAAUUCCGACGGCCAGCGCUGCUGCUCCUGGAGGCUCUGGUGCUAAGUGCCGCCAAAGCUCACGACGAUCCUCCUUCUCUUCUGGGCUACCUCGGCCCCCUUUUGUCCCGAUCUUUUAUUGAGGUCCUGUCUCGACUCGAUAAACCCUUCCUUGUUACCAAGGAUGUACAAACAACGUGGAAAUUCUUCUCGACGAUCGUGCAAAACCGCCAGCAGUGGCUAUCGAAUUGCCUUUUGACAGGCAAGACACCUAGAGAUGCUCUCAAGGGCGUCAGGAAGGACGCUUCAUCGACACCUAACUCGGUGCUCGCGACAGCCUUCACAAAGUUGAAGAAAAUUAAAGAAUUAGAAACUAGGGAGGCACUCCGAAUCCUCGAUUUCGUCGCAUCAUCUCAAAACCACUGGCCUUGGACAAUCUUCACCAUGCAAAAAGACUCAUCUUUCUUGGACUCUUUGCGCCUUUACGUCAAGGACCUCAGCAGCUUCACAGUCACCAGCAAGACAGAUGCCGUCAAGGCUGCCAUAGAUGCCAAGAUGGCUGCUUACAUUGCUGAGAUCUUUGCCAUGCAGCUCUAUCACUUGCGGCAGAUGGGUGGCGCUGACACAUUCGCCAAGAGUCUGGUAUCGGACUUGGAUUACUACCUCCGGGACGGUGUGGAAGUUUCGAGCUACAAUAAUUCUCUCCACAGCAACUUUGCCAAGAACUUCACAAGCAAAUACCCUGGAGUUUCUUUGGAAGCUUUCAAGAGGACGACAUUGCGACCCGGCGAGCUAGGCAGAAGCUAUUUCUACGACUUGGAGAGCGCAACUGAGAUGUUGAGCUUCGAUCCAGGCUGGCACGGUCGCCGCAACAAUGGGUUCCGCAAUGAGAUGGGGAUCGCCAAUGCCAACCUCUCCCUCGUUGAUGCUCAGAUUUCUCUGUUCCACGCGUGGGAAUUCCUGCUACUUGAACUUAGUAGUUCUCUCGCAGACAACGAGACUAUUGCCAGACAGAUGUUGCAAGUUGCGCAGCAAUGCCUUGAGGCCAACCAGUCCAACCAAGGGCCAGAGAACAUUUUCAUGCGCAUUGUCGAAGAGCGAGCUGACCUGAGCUUGCUUCUCGUCCAACGUUUAGUUGGCCGCCCUAUCUCGUCGCAUGACGUCAACCAGCUUCUGGGAACAUUAUUUACCAUCAUCAGCGCCGUCGAGGAACCAUUUAACCCGGACUCAAUCUCGUACUACCGCACAAUGCUCAAGACCAUUUACGUCACAUUGCGCGCGUAUAGCGCUGCGGAAAAGAAGUCUUUGGGAGCUUCAAAGAACGGAGGCGAGGGCUUCUCUGUUACACUAACUCAAACUGUUCUGAACCUUCUCGACCGAGUAGUCGCAAAGGGGUUCAGAACUCUUGUUGCGCUUGUACACGAUCCCGAGGCCGCCGUUGCACCCGAGGACCUGGCUCUCCUGACGGCUAUUCUGCAAGCUUGCCUCAACAUGCCAACCAUUGACCAAUGCCAGACGCAGAUCCUCAACAUCAUGGCAUCAUACGACGCGGUGCAUGCGGCGACAUCACUAUUCUCCUGGGCGGACAGACGUUCCGUCAACGGUGACCCGAUCUAUGGCGAGCUGAGCUUGCUCUUUUUGCUGGAGCUCUCUACCCUGCCGGCGGUAGCGGAACAGAUGGCCUGCGAUGGCUUGCUGAGCCACCUGACUUCGGCAGGCAUCACCAACUGGUUGCGCCGUGGAAACAUCUCUCCCUUCUCAGAGGCUGUUGGCUCCCAGCGAUGCUACAGCAUUUGGGUCAAGGGUGUCUUACCUCUGUUGCUGAACCUGCUCACUGCCCUUGGCGGGACGGUUGCGCCCGAAAUCGGUUAUGUACUGAACCAGUUCCCUCUGCUCCUCAAGUCUAGCGUUGACCGAUUCGAGGCACCCGGCGCCAGUCGGACGGCAUCGAGAGAAACGCCGCACUACGUGACGCUACUUUCAGUAUCCGAGGUCCACUCUCUGGCUUUGUUGACAAGAGUCAUUGCCGCUCUGCGGACGGCCAACAAUCGGGACAUACCGGAGGUCCAUUGGGAUGCUGCCUCUCUUUUGGAAAACAUUGACUUUUGGCUGUCGAGCCGGAAGUUGUUGCGCGACAGACUUCUGCCCCUGGGUCAGCGUGAGGUGGAAUGGAAGAGCAUUAAGACUGGCGCGUCCGACGAGAGUGGCCAGCCAGGAAACGUUCUGGAGAGCAAGGUCUUCUCGCAGUUGGAGGCCGUGAGGGAUGUGUUGAGCGAAGACCUCGAGGAGUCCUGA